AUGCCCUUGCCUGUGAACCGCCACGACCAAUGGCUCACCCGCCUCUCUCACCUCUUCCCUCCCGCCCACGGCUACAGCAUCACCUCCCACACCCUCCGCACCACCAACCCCGGCGAGCUCGCCCUGCAAUACGUCGAACUGACCGUGCAGCGUGCGGCCCCCGCCGGGGUAGUUCUGGUGCUCAUCACCGCCCACCCGCGCGACGACAGCCAGCCCCACCCGUGCACCGGUACUGACCCUCCCGACAGUUUCGUGAGCGCGGAGAUUGCCCGCCGAAAGCAGUUGCUCUGGGAGAGCUGGCCGGUCGUCGUGCCCGAUGGGGUGCAGGUGGUGGGCGGGGUGGCGGUCGGGGCGGGGUGUUGGGGGAGUCCGGAACGGGUGGCGUUUUAUACUCUCGAUGAAGGGAGUCCGGUGGAGUUGAAGGAGUGUUUUCGUGGGUGGGUGGCGGAUUGGGAUUUGGCUGCGGAGGGGGAGGUGUGGGAUUUUUUGGAGGGGGUGCGAUUCCGAGGGAGGGUGAUUGGGGUUGGGAUUGGGAGGGAGCGUGGAGAAGAGGGUGAUGUUGUAGAGUCGGAUACUGAUACUAUCGUGGCGGAGAAUGGGGAUCGGGAUGGGGAUGGGGAUGAUGAUAUGGAGGUGGUUUUGCUUACUCUUUGA